AUGGGCAAUGCGGCGGGCCUGGCCACCGUGGCGGCGGCGGCGGCGGCGGGGGCAGGGCGGGGAUGGGGGCGGCGUGGGGGGGCGCGGCGGGCGGCGGCGACGGCGGGGCUGGUGCUGCUCUACUACGCCUUCUCCAUCGGCAUCACCUACCUACAAUCAAGGUGGCUUGCAUGAAGCUUCGGCUUCCCGCUCUUCAUGACGCUGCUGCACCUGCUGGUCACCUUCGCGCUGAGCGGGGCUGCGCGGGGCCUGCGCGGACGCUGCGCGGUUGCUGCUGCUGCUGCUGCUGCUAAUGCCGCCCCCCGGCGGCCGCCGCGGGCCCCGCUCCUGCCCUGGCCGGGCUACCUGCGCAGGGUGGCGCCCGCAGCCCUGUCGACGGCCCUGGACGUGGGGCUCAGCAACUGGAGCUUCCUCUACAUCACCGUCUCCCUCUACACGUGGAUGACCAAGUCCCUCCGCCGCUGUCCCUCUUUCAUCCUGUUCUUCUCUCUGGUCUUCAAGCUGGAGGAGCCGAGGGCGGUGCUGGUGCUGGUGGUGCUGCUGGUGGCCGGCGGGCUCUUCCUCUUCACCUACCGGGCCACGCAGUUCGAGGCGGAGGGCUUCCUGCUGGUGCUGGGCGCUUCCUUCCUGGGCGGUGUCCGAUGGACCCUCACGCAGAUGCUCCUGCAGAAGGAGGAGCUAGGGCUGCAGAACCCCCAUCAGGACACCAUGUUCCACCUGCAGCCGCCUCUUGCGUUUCUCGGUCUCUUCCCCACUCUCUGUUUGCGCCUCUUUGGCUGCCUGCCCUUGUCCUCCUCGGAGAAGCUGUUCCGUUUCCACGAGGCCGAGGCGCUUCUGUGCCUGCUGGGGAAGCUGGCCCUGGGCGGGGUGCUGGCCUUCGGGCUGGGCUUCUCGGAGUUCCUGCUGGUGUCCAGAACGUCCAGCCUUGCCUUGUCCAUCUCUGGGAUCUUCAAGGAAGUCUGCGUUCUGCUGUUGGCCACUCAGCUCUUGGGGGACCGUCUGAGCCUGCUGAACUGGUGUGGCUUCGCCGUGUGCCUGCUGGGCAUCUCCCUGCACGUGGCCCUGAAGACCCUGGGGGCAAAAGGACCACGGGGGACCAAGGCCCACAAGGAGCCCGGCCCUGGCUCGGACCUGGAGCUGCUGCUGCUGCAUCACCAUCAGGAGGAAGAGGAGGCGGAGUGUGCCCUCCAGUGCUGAGCAGGCGGCUCCAGGAGCUCCCCCAGAGGGCUCUGGCAACACCCAGGCUGGGUGGGACGGCUGGCAGCAAGAAGGGCCCUGCUGGGCUGGCUCCCCUUGGAGAGAGCUGGAGGAACUGUGCUGGGGGCUGGGGAGGGGGUUUUUCUCUUCCAUGAGCAGCAGUUCCAGGUGGUCGGGCUCGGGGGUCUGGUGCUCGGGGCCUCAUGGGUCGAGUUGUCCCUGGCCUCUCUGAGAUGGGGGUGGGGGGCUGCGUGCCAUCCGGCCUUGGGGUAGCAGCCAGUCUGGUGUAGGGCAGAACCUGCACGGUGUAGGGGCUGAGAGCAAUGGAUUCUAAUCUGGAGAGCUGGGUUUGUUUCCCCACUCCUCCACAUGACUGGCAGACUCUUUAUCUGGUGAGCUGGGUCUGUUUUCCUGCUCUGUCACAUGAAGCCUGCUGACUUACCUUGGCUAGUUACAGAUUUCUCAGGACUCUCUCGGCCCCACCUGCCUCACAAGGUGUCUGUUGUGGGGAGAGGAAGGAAAAGGAGUCUGUGAGCCACUUGGAGACGCCUUACGGGAGAGAAUGGCGGGGUAUAAAUCCAGACCUUUCUUCCAUUGUGGUGCUGUCAUUCAGAGUCCCAACAGGGAACGGCUGAAUAGCAGUUUUGUGUCUGUUCCUGAAGCACGAGAGGUGUUGAUGUGAUGGAGACUCAAGACUGGACGUGAGCCUUGAAGCUCCAGACCAGCGGCACUUAGUGUUUUGGAGCAGGCGGCAGACCCCUGAGAUGGGAUGGGGGCGCUGCUCAUGGGCGGACGGAUCAAGACCCGCGAGCGAGCGACGAGCUGCCCCCAGAAGGGUCCGAGCGGCUACGAAAGGCCCAGGCGCUGUUACUGGACCGCGUCGAAUUUGCAAAGUCUGGUGGGCAUUACUUGGGUCUUGCCUAUUCUGGGAAGGCGGGGUCUUGCUUGUGAUGUCAUGCUGAGCAGACCCUUGCCAGGUGCAGGGCUCCGUUCCCAGGGUCACGGAAUGGCCAGAUAGGGCAACGAUCAUGGUGGUGGCACAGUGAAAAGAGGCUGGCGGCCCCACUGCACAGCCAGACCGCCCCUCAGGGCCGCCUCACGCCCUCCCUGUGCUUCGGAGGUGUGGGGAGAGCCCCCAAGGCCAGGCCUGGCUGCAGCCAGAGGGAACUGUUUCCCGCUGAGACCCCCCCUGCCCCUCCCCCCCCCCCCGGCUCACCCUGCUUGCCAGUCGGCCACGGCCAGCGCAAAAGCACAACAAGCAUCUGGGCUGAAUUUGCUGCCCUGCAACUCCUGGCCCUGAGAUGCUGGACACAGAAAGCGUGGCAGGAAACAGACGGGAAGGGUGAGUCGUGUCCUGUGCGAGGGCCGUAUGGUCCGUGGUGCCUGGGCCACCUGCCUGUAGCUGCUCUUUGGGGGCCCUUUUAAAAUGAUCUGCUUCAUUCUCCUCGCAGGGAGCAUUUCGCUCUGGCCCCAGGACUCACCCCCUGCUUAUGACCCACCCCCCCAGUUGACCUCCUGCCUGUCUUUGGGGGGUUGGGGUUUGGACUGCCACAUCCUGUCAAACUGCACUUGAGGCACCUGCUUUGCAUAACUCUGUUUGGCCCCCUUGGCAGUCUGGCGCUGCUGGCGAUGUCUGCACACCUCACAGGUGGGCCCCGACUCUUACUUCCGUGUGCUGCACCUGCCUUUUCCCCCUCCCUCAGGGAAACGUCAACCAAAUGACACUCAUUCUUCCCUUGCCUUAUACCUGAUUCAGUCUCCUCUUGUCAUUUCACCUUUUCGACUCUGUAAACACUUUGGGGCAGAGAUCUCACACUGUGCAAAACUUCCUGCCAAUGACAGCACAGAAUAAGUAAUGCAAAUGAAACAGCAGCUGUUUCAUUGCACAUCCAGGGGUGGGGGAGAGGUGGGGGUGUUUCUCGCUGCCCUCUGUUGACUUCUGCUGCCAAUUGCAGAGUCUCUUUAAUCCACUGUUAGUGCUGUUCAAUCCAUCGUUGAUCUCGAGGAGAGCCUUUCUUUCAUGUGGCUAAGAGAUCCAUGGGCUCAUUACCAGUCUAAAAGGCGAGGGAGUGCUCUGACUCACAGCUUCCCGCCCUCUUGAGGGUUGUUUUGUAUAUUACACAAUGACAGUUUUUUAACUGGGGUAAAAAUCUACACCUGCUGUUCUGCAGGGGCAUUUGGGGCUUUCAGGGUGGCUGAGCCGACCAACGUCCCAUUCCAGCAGCAGUGGGAAGACUCACCCCCCCUCCCCCGGGCUGUCUGUCUUCUUCUCUGGUUGACCAAAUAAAAUGCCUUAAUUUUUCCCCCCA